AUGUUGGACCCUAGUGCUCUGAUCAGAGAGUCCAUCCUCUGCACUCUUCCCAGCAUCGCUCCAGAGUCACUACAAAAUGUGAUUGAGAAGCUUAUGCAGCAAGGAGUGGACAGCAGAGAAGACUUGCAGUAUGUGAGAGAGCAGGACAUGGAAGAGUUCAUCCGGCCAAUUCAGUGCAGAAAACUGCUGGAAGCCUGGAAGCCCAAAGAGCCAGAGAACAGCUGUGACCUUCGCAGGCAGAUGUCUGCAUGCAGCCCAUUGAUGGAGACCUCUUCAUUAUCAAGUAGCCCCAUGUCCUCUCCUCCAAUGUCUCCACCUCACCUGAGAGUAGGAAACUGGCCUGACACUUUUGAAAUUAAGUGGGACACAAUGCCACUUGCCCUGCGUACAGCCAUUCAGAAUGGAAAGAGGCCUCUGCCGGGGGACAGGCGACAGUUUAUUCGAAUACUUGUUGAUGACAUGAGAAAGUUUGAAGUGAAUCCAAGCAGAGCCCAAUGUCUGCUGAUUGCAAAGGCCAUAGUGAGACAGUAUCCACAGUCGUUUGCAGAUACAAUGGAUGAUGGAAGAACAACAAUAGGAGCAGGAUAUGAAUCAAUUUUAUCUCAAAUGAAAGUACGCGUAGAGCAUUUAAACAGAAACAACACCCUGGCUCGGCGGAGAAAAUCUAAGGCAGUGACUGCGGAAACACCACAACGACAACCUGCAGACAGUUAUGGCUGCAUACGAUGGAACCCUGAACUUCCACCUGAGGAGACAUCAGAAGCUUUGGAAGAGAUGAGACAAAGGAUGACGGAGAUCUUUUCACAAGAAGGUUUGUCAGGAGUGGAAAGGGCAGAAGUGAUAAACUUUAUGGAGACAACGUACUACCUGCAGCGUCAAAUGAUAAAUGCCAUUCCAGGGCCAGCAUUUGAAGACUUGAAGCAGCAAUGGCCCUACUUGUUUGUGCCAAGAUGCAUGUGUUCUCAUUUUGAACUGCUGACUGAUGUUCCAAUUGUACGAAAAAUCGAGGCCUUUGUUGAAGAGCAUGGCAAAAUCCUCACUGAAUUCUUCAAACAAAACACAAACAAUGAAGACGUUAAAGCUGUUCUCUACAGAGCUGGCUGCAGUGUGACAGCUCCCAACAUCAUCCAGCUGGUGAUGGCGCAUUUCAAAGAACCACUGGACGCCCUCAUCAUCGAAGCUGAUGUGUCUUCCACUCCAGCCAUGAUCCAGACUGUCCGCUGCCUGAAAGCCCGAGACUAA